AUGAGAUUGAUGUUGUUUCCACUGUCUCUUACUGGAGAGGCAACUAACUGGUUGAAUGAGAUGCCAGACGACUUUAUCAGAACAUGGACUGAGCUAAAGAAAGCUUUCCUAGAACGAUUCUUCCCAGAAUCAAAAGAGCUGCAGAUGAAGGACCAGUUAAGUACACACAAGCAGCUACCAGGAGAAGCAAUGCAUGACACUUGGUGGAGAUUCAUCCAAAAGCUGAUGAAAUGUCCUAACCAUGAUCUUACUGAGAGGCAUCUGAAACAAGCUUUCUAUAGAUCUUUAAACUAUGUUACUAAACCUGUUGUUGAUGCAAGUUAUGGAGGUUCAUUCACGAGAAAGCCAUUCUCGGAAAGCAUGCAACUGUUAGAUGAAGUGUCAAAGAACAAUAGGGCUUGGUACACUAGAGAUGCAAAGGUAGGAGAGCUUGGUUAUACAUUUGAGCGUUCAGCUGAACAGAGGAAGAGAGAAGAAGAAAGGGACCAAGACAUGGCACAUAUGUGGACACAAAGAUAUCUGCUCAUAAAGCACAUCAUAGCCAAGUAUGAAAAGGUAAAUGCUAUGGGACAACAAAACAAGUAUGAGGAUCAGGAUAUUGACCUUGAUGAGGAAGCUAACUACUUGGGGAGCCAAAGAGGUUUUCAGAAUUAUAACUCUGGAAAUCAGGGUUACAAUUCUGGAAACGCAUGUCAGAACUACGCUAGGGAUGGUCAGUAUGAUAGGCCAACAAAUAGAGAUCAGGGAAACUGGCAGAAAAGAGAUGGGUAUAGGAAUGAUCGCAGUGGUGUUUAUGUACCCCAGGUAAUAGAGAUCGGGCAAGUGGUAGUUCCAGCGGGUCUAAGUUAG